GGAGGGGAUAGGAAGGCCGGUAUUUUUUUCCAGAAAAGGUGGUAACCCUAGUAACGGGAUUAUUACUUACUUGGGGACAAUGUUGGGAAAGUGAGCAGCUGAUACAGCUCUUGCUCCCCUCCUGCUGUUGCUCCCCUUUUUGCCCUCCGGCUCUUGCUGCCCUCCGGCUCUUGCUGCCCUCCUGCUCUUGCUGCCCUCCUCUUAGUGUUCAGCUUAAGGAUUUUUCCUUCUGUUUCUGAACUUGGUUUGCCAGCUGUUGUUGGAGGACAACUCCCAUUGUGCUCUCACUGUUGACCCUUAUUAUAUCAUGAAAACUGGAGGGAGUUGUAGUCCAGAAACAUCCAGGGGCCUAGAAUUCAGAACUUGGCUGAAUAUAAAGGUUUGUGCGUUCCCUUGCAGCGGUGCAUGAAUAUGCCUUUCCUGACGCAGCCCGAAGCGGAUGACGAUCAGUACGUGCUCACCUGCAGCCUGGAUAAUGUCAGGAACCUGUCCAACAUUCUGAAAGCCAUUCACUUCAAAGACCACGCGUCCUGCUUUGCUACUAACAAUGGCCUUAAAGUCACAGUGGAAAAUGCAAAGUGUCUCCAGGCCAACGCCUUCAUUCAGGCCGGAAUCUUUCAAGAAUUCAACAUCCGAGAGGAGUCUGUUGUGUUUCGGGUCAAUCUGACUGUCCUGCUGGAUUGUCUUACGAUAUUUGGUGCUAGUGCUGGGCCAGGUACACCUACAGCUUUAAAAAUGUGUUACCAAGGAUACGGCCAUCCCCUCAUCCUGUUUCUGGAAGAAAGUGGGGUGGUCACAGUGUGCAAAAUCAACACCCAGGAACCUGAGGAGACUCUGGACUUUGAUUUCUGCAGCACCAAUGUCCUUAAUAAAAUCAUCCUCCAAUCAGAGGGACUCAGGGAGGCGUUUGCUGAACUGGACAUGACCAGCGAGUUCCUGCAGAUCAUCAUGUCUCCAGAUAAGCCGUAUUUUAGGUUGUCCACAUUUGGCAAUGCUGGAAGCGCACACCUAGACUAUCCCAAAGAUUCGGAUCUGAUAGAAGCUUUCCACUGCACUCAAACUCAAACUAACAGAUAUAAAAUCUCUUUGCUGAAACCAUCCACAAAGGCGUUGGCUUUAUCCUGUAAAGUUUCCAUCAGGACAGACAACAGAGGCUUUCUCUCCCUACAGUACAUGAUCCGCAAUGAGGACGGGCAGAUCUGCUUUGUGGAGUAUUACUGCUGCCCAGAUGAGGAAGUCGGAGAGGCCGAUGUAUAGACUGAGGCACAGUCAUCUCUAUAGACUCAUCCAGUUUGCUGUCUCUCAUGGUGAGACCUACGGAAGAGGAGAGGCGUGAUAUUGAGUACACCAUAUACAUUCCUCUUUUAUACAAUGCCAACUCCCAUUGUUUCAUAAGUCCUUGUCAGGGUCUGAGGUUCUCUCUAAGGGAUGGUCCUACAGGGACUACUGGAAGGUGAACUUGAGGGGACUAUGUUGAACAGAUGUGUCCUGCUCCAUCCCAUGAAUGGAUGAUACCAGCUCAGGCAGGGGGUUCACAUAUCUCCAGUUAAACUACUCUCUGCUUAGCUUGAGCCUUGACCCCUUCAUACCUAUAUUGUGCUGGAGGGACAAAGCUUCCCCUCCAGCAUCUCUGUAUAUAGUUCUGCAAACCCGCUUGAUCAGUGUCUAACGACUGACUACAAGAGAGGUGGAAAAAUGGCAGAAGUAUGAGUAAUAUAGGGCAUAUAAUGCAAAAGACUGUGUAUAUUGUACUAUACUGGGGGUUUGGGGGCUGAACCUGAAAUAUCAGUCAGGUAGAUAUCACCACAUAUCACAUACCUGUACGUCCCCAGGUACUCACACCAUUUAUUUCACCAAAUGAAACCAAGUAGGAUGUAGAUUUCCUGACUGGUUCUAGAUAGGCCCCAGGUAUAAUCGUUCACCUCAAAAUAGGGAUGAACCAAAUCCAGGAUUCUGCCUUUUUCAGUCGGAUUAGGGCCGAGUCCUUCUCCAAGGCCGAACCGAUUCCUAAUUUUCAUAUGCAAAUUCAGGCUGGGAGGGAAAUCGCAUGACUUUUUGUCACAAAACAAGGAAGUAAAAAAUGUUUCCCCUUCCCACCCCUAAUUUGCAUAUGCAAAUUAGGAUCCGGUUCGGUAUUCGGCUGAAUCUUUCGCAAAGGGUCCGGCCGAAUCCAAAAUAGGGGAUCAGGUGCAUCCCUAUCUCAAAAUGAUUGUGAAGUAUUUUCCAAGGCAAAGUAUCACAACUGGGGCCGGGUAUCUACAUCCUACAUGGAUUCAUUCAACCCGACUUCACCAUAUUAUUUAAAUGAUAUUAUAUACAUUUUAUUUCUUUUGGUGAGUGUAAUGAAAAGGUGUGAUUUUUGUUUGCACUUAUUUAUACAGUAUGUGCUCUGGCUAAAGAGUUGACACAUAGGAAAGCUUGUUUUCUUUAAUGUGCCCUUAAUUAGGCAAUACUUUGCUACAAUUGCCAGUCCUAGAGCGUUCAAUAGGGGAUUUGUCAUCAUUAGUAGCAAUCUAUUCCUUACAUUACAACCUCCCCGGGUUCCUUCAGUGCAGCCCUCCUUCUGUUACACACGUGAUUUGCACUUGCACCAAGGACCCCCUCCGCUGUGAAUAAUGUAUUUUUAGAAUAAAAUAUUAUACAAA